AUGAAAACGGCUUUAAUUACCUCUGUAUUUGUGUUGGUCAACGCCUACGGGCUGUUCAUUGACCAGAAGUUUGAAUGGAAAAAAGUGAAGUCAUUGGACGGUAAGAAAGCUGAUGAAUGGAUCGAUGGUUUAACCGUGACUGAAGCGACAAAGACCGCGUUGAAGUUGGCGACAAAACUUGGAGAAAAAUUCAACGAAGACGAGGAUUUCGGAAAGUUCUACGACCAUAUUCUGAAGUACGUUUGAUCAAAAAUUCUUUGGGGAAAGCCGUUUUUGCCCCAAUUCCUUUGGGCGGUGGAAAUUUGGAAAGCGACCGGUCUAGCCGACUUGUUUUUGGGUUGAAAAAGCCCGUCAAGCCACAAGACCGAUCCCAAAAAAUCGGCCUGGACCGAUCACUUUCCAGAUUUCCCCUCCUAGGCCAGCAGAGCCCUAAAGGGUCAUGUCUAGGUGGCCAAAGUUCGGCUUUGUGGACAUCUGGAAAGCGUUUGGUCCAGGCCGAUUUGGUUUGGGACCGACAUGAAAAAACGUCUAGCCACAUGUCAGGCCCCAAAAAAAUCGGCCUGAACUGUCAUUGACCGUCACAGGUUUAAUGAACAAUUAUCCCAUUCUUUUUUCAGAUUCAACAAAAACUAUGGAUCCGAAGCUGAAGUCGCACACCGUUUCGAAGUCAUCAAGAGUUCAUUGAGAGACAUUGAAAAGUAUCAACAUGCCAAUCCUGAAGCCAAGUAUGGGCUGACAGCACUCUCUGAUCUGACUAAAGAGGAGUUCCAUAAACACUACGCAAAUCUUCAAAAGAAGGAUUUGGAGGCGUUGUUCCCAAAGAACAAGAAUAAUAGUGGGUCCUUAUCAGCUUGUCGGGAAAGUAAUGAGCACGACGCAGCAUUGACGAAGAAGGCACAGCGAAAAUGCGCUCAUCAUUUCCCCAACAGACUGAUAGUAAAUAUUUUUAUACGCAAAUUGUUUUAGGACCAACAAAUAGCUCGAAAAAACUUCUUGCGCCUGACAGCCACGACUGGAGAGCGGAGGGCAAAGUUUCGGGCGUCAAGGACCAAAAACAAUGCGGCUCCUGCUACGCGUUCGCCUCUGUGGGUGCGAUCGAAAGCAUGCAUGCCAUCCGCAGAGGAGAUUUAUUCGAUUUGAGUGUUCAACAGGCGAUCUCUUGUAGCGACAAUAGCGGAUGCGGUGGAGGGAACCCUGGGACUGUGCUUCAAUAUUUCGUAGACAACGGAAUCACGACUUGGGACAGUUUUCCGUACACGUCCGGUGAUGAUCAGCAAGUGCCGCCAUGUGAGCCAGGCGACUCUGUGACGCAGUUAGACGGAAUGAAUCAACUGAACGGCAAUGAUGAGGACGGAUUAAAGGAGUCUAUAUUCAACAACGGACCAAUUGUGUCCAGCAAGUUUAAGUGCCAGGCUAUCAGUCUGUCGGGAAAAUAAUGAGGAUUUGUCGCAGUAAAAUGUCUCGCCUCGUCGCAGUCGCGCACCAAAUCCCCAGACGCGGCUAUCCGUCGCAAACCGAUGAUCGGCGAUUCUAAAGCGCGACAAAUCGACAUUCUUUUCCCAACAGACUGCUAAGCUAACAAAAAGAAAUACAAUCAAAAUUUCAGCAGUUGACGCAAGCCCUCUACAGCAUUAUGAAGGCGGAAUAAUCCAUUACCAGGUUGGCAGCAACAACAUAAAUCACGCUGUUCUCACCGUUGGCUACGAUAAUGAAAAUGGAGACGACUAUUAUUUGAUCAAGAAUUCGUGGGGCGAUGGAUUUGGCGAAGGUGGCUAUUUCCGAUGCGGAAGGAAUCAGAAUGACAUGAACAUUGCGCUGUACAAUUGCGCCGCAUACAUUAACUAA